CAAGUCUCUCUGUUUCAAGUUUCCGAGAUUUUGAUCACACGGUGGGUGUAGAAGUAGAAGACGAGGAUGAGGAGAGUUUUCGGCGCGAAGAAGAACACAGAGCCUCCUCCCUCCAUUCAAGAUGCCUCCGAUCGGGUUCGUAUAUAUGCUUCUAAUCUUCAAAAUCGUCGUUUCGCAAUGUCCUGUGGAGAAAAUUAGAAUUAUGAAUCUCUGUGUAUUCGAUCAUCUGAGAUAUUCGGCUAUCUAGAGAUAAACAAAAGAGGAGAAACAGUGGAAGAUAAGAUAAAGAAGCUUGAUGUUGAUCUCUGCAAAUACAGAGAGCAGAUUCAAAAGACGCGUCCUGGUCCUGCUCAACAAGCUCUCAAAGCUCGUGCCAUGAGGCUUCUCAAGCAGAAGAAAAUGUAUGAAGGACAACGCGACAUGCUCUAUAAUCAAACAUUCAAUCUCGAUCAAGUCUCAUUCGCUGCUGAAGGACUCAAAGAUGCUCAACAAACUAUGACGGCGCUAAAGUCUGCUAACAAGGAGCUUAAAGGGAUGAUGAAAACCGUACAGAUUCAAGAUAUUGAUAAUAUGCAAGAUGAGAUGAUUGAUCUGAUGGAUGUGAGUUCCGAGAUUCAAGAAACGCUUGGUAGGAGCUACAACGUUCCUGAUGGUCUUGACGAGGAUGAUCUCAUGGGAGAGCUUGAGGCUCUUGAAGCUGAUAUGGGAGACGAGACAGAAGCAGAUGGAGUGCCUUCUUAUCUCCAACCCGAUAAUCAAACUGAUUACGAUGAGAUUAGCUUGCCUUCAGUACCCAUGGGACAGACCGGUGCUCCACCUGGUCGAGUUCAGGCUGAGGAUGAGUUUGGAUUGCCGGCGGUGCCGCGAGCUUCUCUCCGGGGAUGAAGUUCUGGUGAUUCUCUUUGUGGAGUGGAGCUACUAUACUAAGCUCUUUUUUAGUCUUAGGAUUAUAGUCACUUUGUGCAUAACAUUUUCAACUUUUCUUUUGGCUCUGUAAUGGAUUUUUUUUUAUAUUUAAAUAAUUGCGUGUUGUGGACGGCUCUAA